GUGACAUCCUUAAAACCCUUAUUUUUUUAAAUCAACGUAAAGUUUUUGACUCGAGUCCAGUUUUCACGAAAUGUCUACUUUUCACGAAGUGCAUGUUAAAGACGAUCCCGAGCGAGUGGCGGGCGACGACGUUGAAGAGGUUGUCGGGGUGUGUGACGUGCCUGAGGGGCCCGGGGUCGAUGUGGAUGUUGGGCGUGGGACGGACAAAGACAACUCGGAGGAGGUUCCAAUUGACGUUCAUAGAGAGGCAGAGCAUGACCACGAAGCGUUGAGGGCAGAGAAGAGAGUGACCACUGACAUUGGGACGUCGAGGAAGAGGAAGACUACUAUGCAAGGUCUGUUGGAGACCGUGGCGACAAAGAAGCUAGUACGUCAGUCACACAUGGAAGACGCUUUCGAUCCCAAGUGGCAGCACGACUUGGACGUGUAUUUCCUGUGGUGGUUUUAUGUCAACAGCAUCCAGUUCCAUGCGGCGAGGUGGCCGGAGUACAAUACGUUCAGGCAGCACCUUGCGACAUGUCCCCCUCAAGUGCAUCCGUCCCUACCUAACCAUCGCCGCAUCUUCGGCGAUGGUGUUGUCCAACAGCACACAGCCAUUGCUAAGAUGUUGGUGGGACUGAGGAGAGAUGUUGUGGCGACAGGAGUCCAUCACCGAGCAUUGCUUUCCUUGAGGGGGCGCGGAGGACGGAUCACCAGAGGGAGUUGGCGGAGGAGUCUGAGAUUGUCUGACAUUUAUCUCAAACAGCAGGCGGAAUUGGACAGACAACUGUCUCAGGAUUUGAGGACAACUUUGAGGGAGUUCCACAAUUGGGAGGAUGAUUGCACGUAUGGAGGUCGCGACGGGGACAAAGAUGCGGAGGCUUGCAUGUGGGAGAAGGAGACAUCGACGGUUGGUCAGUGGUACAACAUCAGAGGCCGUCCAGUCGACAGCGGCAACGACAACGGCGAUAAAGGGUAUGAGGGCAGCAGCGAGUCCGAUGACAAUCAGGAUUUUGGUGGGGUCACGGAGGAUGAAGCACUGGGAGGCGAGGAUGACGGCAGAGGCUGCGGUAUUGCCGCACAAGUACAGGGUCAGCGACAUUCAGAGAGAUUGAGGGAGGCGAGAGAGCGUGGUACCGAGGGGGCAAGCAGGGGUGGUGGAGGUGGACGAUCGGGGCGACAGGAUCCUCGUUCCCCUAGUAGGGGGAGCUCCGUGGCUGACCACGACCAUUCUGCGUAUGCACGGGCCGAGACCACUGCGACCGGCUCGAUCGCUGAUUUUCUCAGCUUGUCGAUGGGUCCUCCCCCGACCCCCCAUGAUGAUGGAUGUGCCCCGGUUGCCGCGGAGGAGACACCUAUCAACGGUGGUGUCUCGAGUAGUUUGUUGAUGGAGGCAGCUCAGGGGAUGGAGAGUACGCCUGGAGGAAGCAUGCCGCGCAUGGGGGAUGACGUCGGGUGUACACCCAUUGAGGAGAUAUAUGUGGAGAUGGAUGUAGACAGGAGGGACCGAGAGGAAAGAGAGCGAGCGCAUGCGCUUGCUCAGUGCUGCCCUGUGACUUCCCCGCGCGCAGUGCUCCCCAACCACUGCAAGAUUGCGAGUAUGCGGGCGGUGGAGACCCACCGUGCGGAGUUGGCGGAGGAGUUGGAGGAGGUGAGGCAGCCAUUCCAGGUGACUGGUGCCACCCUCCUCUCCGAUGGGAGGAAAUCACGAGACGGGAGACCGAUCGUGAAUUUCCCUGCUGCUGGCUUUCGAGGGGUCGUUGUGUACAUGACGAUCAAUCGAGAGGGCGAGGCGGACGAUGCAGUGCACGUCCUUCGGAGAUGGGUUACCAUCUUCCACGAGUUCAGCUUCGGCGGGCCGCAGUGGAUCAAUGCGAUAUGCACAGACUCCGCUUCUGCCUAUGUGGGGGCUGCGAGGGCAUUGACCUCGUCGUCCAUACCUCCUGCACUGAGGAGGAUCACUUGGCUCCCGUGCUCCGUCCAUGUCUGCAACAAAUUGUUGUCAGACAUGGGGAUGAGUUGCAACGCGUUUGUGGACGUGAUCACACACGCUCGUGUGCUGGUGGUGUUUUUCAAAACCCACCAGGACGCCCUUCAUUUUUUUAGGACGCGCAACCCCGACAAAGGGCUUAUUAUUUCUUGCGAGAUGCGGUUCGCGUCUGUUUACUCCAUGCUGGAGAGGCUGUUGGCCUUGCAGGACACUCUGCAGGACAUGAUGCGAGGGGACGACGCGCGGGCUUUUGCUUCCAUCCCGUGGUCCGCCGAUGUGUGCGUCAUGGCGCGUUGGGUGCGCCGACAGAUCAGAUGGGAUCCAUGGUGGCAGAGGGUGGCCACCAUCGUCCAUAUCAUGCAGCCCGUCAUGGAGUUGCUCAGGCGGAUGGAUCGUGGAGGACAGUACAUGUCCCUCAUGAUCGAGUGGACGCAGGAUCUUGUCCGUCGUGUCACGGACGCAUGCACCCCUUUGGGGAAGUCGUUCGUCGAGCGGAUCAUCAGGUGUGUGCAGGAUCGCACACAUCACAUGCUCGAGCCGGCUCACUACGCAGGGUUCUUACUGAACCCCCACAGGCGACACGUUCGCUACUUUUCGGGGCAGGUAGAGCGGUACGAUGCUUGGCUUGUGGGGCAAGCCAAGAGGUACAUUCUGACGCAGACGGGAUUCGAGUUGGAGGGUGCAGAGUGCAUCCUUGCAUGUCGGCAGUUUGAGGACUUCCACAUUCAGCAGGGCAGGUUCGGGGAUUGGGGCGGGACGGAGGGAUUUGCUCGUGGGCGCGCGUGCAACGGCGACAACAAGACGAUUAAGUGCGCGUCUUGGUGGUCUCAGUUCGGGUCGGGCGCGCCAAAGUUGCAGCGUUGCGCUCUUUGGGUGAUGCACAUGUGGUCUUGCGCCUCUCCAACGGAGAGGAACUGGGCAGUCCACGAAGGCAUUCACACGAAGAAGCGCAACCAGUUGGCCUUCGAGAAGGUCGUACAACUCGUUGAGAUCACCACAAAUGUGCGGUUGACUGAGUAUCGGCGGGCUGGAUGCGAGGCGCAGGCGACGACCCCCACUCCGACGAGGCAGGAUUCGUCCAUGCCACCACCUCCGGCUCCGAGUCCUGCACCACCAUCGCCCGUCUCGCCACUUCAGCCGGACAGGGAGGAGUUGGGGUCCUCUUUGCCUCAGCGCGGCCUUCUCCACAGAGGCGGCGUAGUCCGCCAGCUUAGGUUACGAUCACCUUCCCCGGGGAUAUUGGAGGAGGAGGGGGCACCUUCGGCAGCAUUAGUGGAGAGUUCAGUGGCACCAGCGGUGGUGUCGGACGCGACGAUCGCAGCCGCGGUGGAGGAGAUAGCAGCAGCAGCAGCAGCAUCAGUGCUGGAGGAGAUGGCAGCAUCAAUGCUGGAGGAGGAUCCACCAGCGGCAGGAGGAGGUGCAGCAGUGGAGGGGCAGGUGGCAGCAGCAGGAGGAGCAGGUGGAGGAGCAGCGGCAGUGGAGGUUGCUGUGUAACCGUUUGAACGCCGUGACCGCGCGUUCGCGUUCAAAUGUGCAUUUGCACGUUCGCAUUCAAAAUUGA